AUGGCCGAUCCACGCAAACCUACGAACAAUCAAUUGUCGACCGCAUUGCCCGGACCUACCACCUACAUAACUGGUCAUGACCAAUCCAGCGGCAAAGCCAUCAUCCACGCCGAACGGCCAGUCGACUGGGUCAGCUUCUCCGACGGCGAGCUCAGCAUGUCUGUAGGCUACACCACCACCUUUCCUGCCGACCUCAAUAACGAUGCGGACGUGGCCGCACACGAUCAGAAGCUCGCCACAGGCAAACUCGGUCUCGUCUCAGGCGGAGGUACCGUCCUGCGAUAUGUCGACUUCGCGCCAAAGUCGACCUCGAUGAUGCACCGCACGCAGAGCGUCGACUACGGCAUCGUCAUCGAAGGUGAAAUCGAGGCCGUCCUGGACAGCGACGAGGUACGCUUGAUGCGUCGUGGAGACGUCAUGGUGCAGCGUGCGACGAUGCAUGCGUGGAGAAACCCCAGCGCGACAGAGUGGUGUAGGAUGAUUUUUGUGUUGCAAGAUUGCAAGCCACUGUUCGUGGGCGGAAAGCGGUUUGGAGAGGACCUUGGACGAGAAAUUCCGGGCUUGCCGAAGAGCGGAAAUGACAAUUGA